AUGUCAGAACCUAAGAGGGCCAAGACCACCAUCACCAAGACCAUCACCGUGCUCCCAGGAGACCACGUCGGUACUGAAAUCUGUAACGAGGCCAUCAAGGUCCUCCAAGCCAUCGAACAGCACACACCCUACCAGGACAUCCAGUUCAAAUUCAACCACAACUUGAUCGGAGGUGCUGCCAUCGAUGCCACCGGCGUGCCAUUGCCCGACGAGGCUUUGGAAGCUGCCAAGGCCUCUGACGCUGUCUUGUUGGGUGCCGUGGGUGGCCCCAAGUGGGGCACUGGUGCCGUCAGACCCGAGCAGGGAUUGUUGAAAAUCAGAAAGGAAUUGAACUUGUACGCCAACUUGAGGCCCUGCAACUUCGCCUCCGACACCUUGCUCGAGUUGUCGCCAUUGAAGUCCGAAAUUGUCAAGGGCACCAACUUCACGGUUGUGCGUGAGUUGGUGGGAGGUAUCUACUUUGGCGAAAGACAAGAACAAGAAGAGUCUGCGGACGGCGAGAGUGCUUGGGACACCGAGAAGUACUCGGUGGCUGAAGUCACCCGUAUCACCAGAAUGGCAGCGUUCAUGGCCUUGCAACACAACCCCCCUUUGCCAAUCUGGUCAUUGGACAAGGCUAACGUGUUGGCAUCGUCCAGAUUGUGGAGAAAAACCGUGGACAAGGUGAUGAGCGAGGAGUUCCCUCAAUUGAAGGUUCAGCACCAGUUGAUCGACUCUGCAGCCAUGAUCUUAGUGCAGUCGCCAACCAAAUUGAACGGUAUUGUCAUCACCUCCAACAUGUUUGGAGACAUCAUCUCUGACGAAGCCUCGGUCAUUCCAGGCUCCUUGGGGCUCUUGCCAUCGGCUUCCUUGGCCUCGUUGCCAGACACCAACUCGGCUUUUGGUUUGUACGAGCCAUGUCACGGAUCUGCUCCCGACUUGCCUGAAAACAAGGUCAACCCAGUGGCCACCAUUUUGUCAGUGGCUAUGAUGUUGAGGUUGUCGUUGGACUCUCUCAAGGAAGCCGAGGCCUUGGAGAAGGCUGUUGGCCAAGUGUUGGAUGCUGGAAUCAGAACUGCCGACUUAAGAGGUACCAGCACCACCAAGGAAGUGGGUGAUGCCAUCGUGGAAGCCGUGUCCAAGAUCUUGCAAGAAGCCAAGUAA